UUGUUUCAACUGGUGUCUUCACGUUCCUGUUGCAGUUCAGUAGCUCAGGAGUGAGGGACAGAAACCUUUGGAGAUGAAUCUUUACAGGAGCUUUGGAAACCUUAUGGAGGCUUGGAUGACCGAAGGAAGCUUGUAUUCUGACUCACAAUCACUUGGAAAUAAUGAUGAAGACUCUCCUACACCUUCCUAUGAUAUGGACACAAACCUGCGCUCAGAAUCGGUGGACUCUGGAGUGGAGACAGCCAGCUCUGACACAUCUUUCCUUGCCACAUCCUGCUCUGUUUCAGCAGAUAAUGCAGAAAUAGAUGCAUUUAUUCCAGAAAGAGAAGGCCAUGGACUCACUCCAGCCUCAACAUCACAGUCUCCUCUCCUCUCCUCUCCUGUGCCUUCCUCUUCUUCCUCUUCGUCCCCGUACCUCUGUCCCAGCAGACGUCCUGGGGGCUCCCUGCACCUAAAAGUGGAGCAAGCACUACAGAGGACUGAUUCUAAACAUCAAAGGGGCAACCCAGAGCCCCUUACAGUGGAGGACGUGCUCAGGCGACAGCCUCAAGCAUCUUUUCUGCCCAAACGGCACACAUCGGAUUUAGUGAGAGGUCAAAGGUCAGAGAGUUUCAGUCUAAGGAGAACAGCCAACCCAUCAGCGCCCAUCAGGCAGAUGUCAGAAUUGUGCAGACGGCCGAUGUCUAUGAGUUGUGAUAAGCAGAGAUCAGAGGUUCCUGGUGAGGAGGACAGGACAGGACUGAGCCCCGGGCUGAGCUACCUGGAGCAGGUGUGCCAAAUGUUGGAGGAAAUUGCCAGACAACAGAUGCACAACCGAGCGUUACAGACGGAGGCGGAUGCCCUGCGGGAACAUCAAGACACGCAGGCUGUCGACACCUGUCAGACUGCCUCUAAAGCUGCUGAGGAAGACCUCUCCUCUUGUCAAAGGCCCGAGAAUAUAGAAAAUGCAGAACACUGUUCAAGUGAACAACAGCGGCAGAAACAUGACACUUCUAGACAUUUUCGGCGGAGAUCGGCUUCUGACACAAAUAUUGCAACACUGCAUUUAAGAAAGAUGAAAGCAGACUGCAGAGGGCAGCGUCUGAGUACAGAUGACCUUGUGGAGAAGCCGGAGGAAGAGCAAGAAAAGGAGGAGUCUACAAAGGAGGAGAGGAAAAGACCUAACAAGAACUGGAAGUUAAAAAUAGGCUCUUUGAGAAGAGAGGCGUCUCCCCUGAGAGAUACAAAGGGCCAACAGAUGCAGUCAUCUGAGAAAAGCUCGACCCGACGACGGCUGAGCCAGCUGUUCAGGAGGAGAAGGAAGACUCUGCCUGUAUGAAUGGAACACAGUGUCAUGAUGUUUGGACCUUUUUUUUGGACUUUCCUUUAAAUGUUUGAGCACUAUCACUGCUUUCAAACUGACUUCCUAUUCAGUGCAUGUGCUGUAGCAAUCUGUCAUGUUUAUUUAUUGCCCGCUAUAUACUUGCCUUCAUUAUUUAUACUGAUAAAUGGUGUCAUUUUCUGUAAAACUGCGACGUGGAACAGAGUAAAUGUGUGGUUUGUUUCUCUGUCAUGCCAUUCAUAAUUCAAAGCAGUGCAAAGCUUCAUAAGAAAAACAUCAAAGUUGUAUUUUUUCCACCUGUCAAAGCUGCAGAUUGGUAAAGAAUAUUAGUAUGCACUCUACAGUACACUACACUAUAAAUGUCAAAUAAAAUACAUACAAGUCUCGCCUAUUUUGUGACCGACAAUAAGAAGUUGUGAGGCUGUUUCAGAAUUAUAUAAUAUAAAUAAUAAAGGUAUGGUCUUCAUGA